AGCAGGCGGCUGAAGGCCUCUCACCUGCUCCGAAUCAAAGGCGAGAGGCGGCCCCGCCCGUGCACACACAGCUGCAGGAGACACAACGCAGCUUAAUUCAUCAACCAAUCGGCGGCCCGAGCGGCGGAGCCGGGCGGGGAGCUUUGGCUGCUGGCCAAUUGCCGCGGCCCCUGGGCUGAGUCUCCUCCUCUCUCCCCUCCCCCGAUGUAGCUAGAGCAGCCGCGGCCAGCGAGCGAAGCUGCCGCCGCCGCGCAGAGCUGCGUUGAUUGCGGGCGGGUUCGGCUGGGUGCGUGCGGGGCGAGCCCCGGAGUCGCGGCUGCAGCGCGCAGGAGGCGGCGGCUGGGACUCGGGUCCCCCCCCCCCCCCGCGGCCCCGUGGCGUGGAGCCUCCGAUGGAGACGUUCCCCCCCGGCAAGCUGGAGCCGCACCAGCCCGUGGAGUUCCUGCAGGGCGCCCGCUACGGGGCCAAGAGCCACCCCGCCUACGGGAACGCGUUUAACUCGUGGAAUGACUAUCUGGGGCUGGCCACGCUGAUCACCAAGGCCGUGGGCGAGGAGAAGGGCUUCGGGACCGAGCCCCCCUCCGUGGUGGUGGCCGCCGCCGUGCAGCCGGCCCCGGAGGAGGACGAGGAGGAGGAGGACGAGGAGGAGGAAGACGCGGGGACCCCCUAUUUCGAAGGCGCGUUGCACUUGCACGACUUCGACCUGUGCGGCCACCACCACCACGGCGAGAGCUUCCUGGAGGAGCGGUUCGCCGACUUCAGCCCCUUCUCCGGCCGCGCCAGCCCCGCCGCGCUGGUCUUCGACUGCUCCCCGGCUCACCUGCCGCGGGACCGCUCCCCUCACGCGUGGGGCGGCGGGCGGCUCCCCGCGCCCCCGAAGCCCGGCUCCCGGCUGCUCAAGCCGGAGCUGCAGGUCUGCGUCUUCUGCAGGAAUAACAAAGAAGCCGUCGCCCUCUACACCACUCACAUCCUCAAGGGACCCGACGGCCGGGUCUUGUGCCCCGUGCUGCGGAGAUACACGUGCCCCCUGUGCGGGGCCAGUGGGGACAAUGCCCACACCAUCAAGUACUGCCCCCUCUCCAAAAUGCAGGCCGGGGCCGCCAAGCAGCAGCUCCGGAACGCCAGGACCGCCUUGGGCAAGAAACUCCGCUAGGGGGCUGCAGCCUCCCCGCCUCGGGACCGCUUGUUUGGUUGGCGAUGGAUUUCUUGGGUUGUUUGGGUUUGUUUUUUUCCCUUUUGACUAAGGCCGCUUCGGUAGCAAGUGACCCGACUGCAAUUUUUUUGUGUGGCCCACAAAAAAAAACAACCUUCCCAGUUUUUUUAAGAGUGUCUUAAAGCGGAUUGCGUUUUGUUCUCUUUAACACAUUAAUAUAUUCAACGUGGGAGACUAGAAUGUAAAAAGCUCCUUGGCUUCUGUACUAUAAUGAUAGUUUCUAGUUUGUAUACUUAGUAUCCAGGGAAGCUGGGCUUUGAAGUUAACUAUAUAAUUAUAAAUAUGCAGUUUAGAUGCACUGUAUUUGUUUAUUGUAGAAUAUAUAUAUAUAUAAUUUUUAAAAGGGGGAGAGGAUGAAAUUGAAUGGCAGGGAGCUCCCAUGGGGAUGCUUAUGUUGGUUUAUUGGAGAGAAUGCAUUUUAAAAAAAAAUAUUUUACAGGAUCUCUGAAGGAAAGGCCUCUGUACUGCUAAGCAAAUGAAUUUCUGUUUUUGCAGUAUCCUAGCCAAAUGAAGAAUUGAUGUUUUUAAAUUUUAUGUUUUAAGGGUGAGCUCGACAGGGUAGGGAGGGGAAUUAUGCUGUAUUUGGCUGCUCUGUGAUUGUGUGUUUGCACUGUCUAACAAAACAACGUUGGUUGUCAGUAGGUAGUAUGAAUUGUUAGUUACUGAUGUCUGUGGGGAUUUUGAGAUCAGGAAUGAUCAUAUGACACUUUUUAGUGUUGGGGGAAUGCCCCUUUGUGUUCACAAGUUCUUUUGUAUUGAUCUAGGGUUCUUGUUUUACUUUGUUUUUUUUCCCCUUCCAUUAGUCUAGAAAUUAACUUUUUUAUUCCUCGAAAUUCCCUUUCCCUCCCUCCCACCCCCUAACCCAAAAUAAACGCUGUCGAGAUUGUAAAGCCCCAUACUGACAACAGGUGGCAAUGGUGCUGUUUAAGUUUGAAUUUUUGUUUUAUAGAGUGAAGUAAAGGCAUCACAAAUUUGA